AUGGAUGCGUACCGCACCAGCAAAUACCCCCCCACAAAGCUUAUACACUACCAACUUCCUGAUAACCAGCUGGCGGAGAUGGGCAAGCGAACUUAUGGGACAAGCACACCCCAUUUUCUUCGCUCCGCUAUCCCGUCUACAAGACCUAAUCAGUGA